AUGCCACAGAGCCUGCGCCUGCCCGCCCGGGUGGCCCUGCUGUCCCGCUGCCUGUCCGAGCUGGGGGUCCCCUGCCAACCCCCGGUCCCCCCAGCUGCCACCCGGGGUCCCCGGAGCCUGGCCGAGAUGCCAGGGCCCAGUCCCGCUGCUUUCCUCUAUGACCUCCUCUGCCGUGGGGGCCUGCGGAGGCUGCACGAGCUGCAGGUGGAGGGCCGUGCCCGCUAUGGGCCGGUGUGGAAGGCGAGCUUCGGGCCCAUCCUGACGGUGCACGUGGCGGAGGCCGGACUGAUUGAGCAGGUCCUGCGGCAGGAGGGUGACUUCCCCGUCCGUUCCCACCUUUCCUCCUGGAAGGAUUAUCGCGUCUGCCGCGGGCAUGCCUGCGGGCUGCUCACUGCGGUGGCCCUUGUCCCCAUCCCCACCAUGUUCCCCAGGGCUCCUGAUGUCCCCCGUGGUCUCCAAGGCAUCUCCUCCGUCCUUUUCGCCUCCCGCCUGGGCUGCCUGGAGCAGGAGGUGCCGCGGGACACGGAGACCUUCAUCCGCUCCAUCAACACCAUGUUCGUCAUGACGCUGCUCACCAUGGCCAUGCCCAAACCCCUCCACCGCCUCUUCCCCAAACCCUGGCAGACCUUCUGCGAAGCCUGGGACUACAUGUUCGCCUUCGCCAAGGGUCACAUCGACCGGCGCGUGGCCGAGGCGGCCGAGCACGGGGAACCGGCAGAGCGGAUGUGUCUCACCGACCACCUGGUGCGGGAGAAGGUCCCCAUGAAGACCAUCUACGGCAACGUCACUGAGCUGCUGCUGGCCGGGGUGGACACGAUCUCCAGCACCCUGUCGUGGAGCCUGUACGAGCUGGCGCGGCACCCCGGGGUGCAGGCGGCACUGCACCGGGAGCUGGCGGCGGCGUUGGGCACCGGCUGCAGCCCCUCGGCCACCGCGCUGGGCAAGGUGCCUCUGCUGAGGGCCGUGGUGAAGGAGACCCUGAG